GAACUCUGAUUGUAGCUUUGCGUCUAAGGAGGCCCCCAUUGCCUUUGCCAGCCAUGACCCCUAUGAGCCGCAGUGAGUAUGUCUGCGUCUUUCUGAAAUUAUUUAACCAAAUACUUUAUAUUUUACAGAAAAACAUAUUGUUCUGUAGUUUGACAGACUGUUAAAACCACUUUCCUUAAUAAACUCUGCUGAAUGUUUUUAUAGCUCUGACCAAGAGAGCUCAGAUGCUCCCAGCAGUCAGUCUGUCGUUUGGCAUCAAACUGAACUGGAUUCCAUAUUUAUGCUACUGGAGGAAAAUAUUGUGACUUUUGUGAAGAAUGAGCUGAAGAGGUUCCUGAAGCUCCUGAGUCCAGAUUAUCCCGAUCACUCGGAGGGUCACCUGGAUAAUGAGGAGGUGCCGGAUGGGGAGACGGAGGAGCAGAGAAGGAGCAGGGAGUCAUUUCUGAAGAUUGCACUGAACUUCUUGAAAAGGAUGAAACACGAGGAUCUGGCUGAAUGUCUGCAGAGCAGGGCCCCUGCCUCAGAGUUUCGACAGAAGCACAGAACAAAUCUUAAGAAGAAGUUCCAGUGUGUGUUUGAGGGGAUCGCCACAGAAGGAAGCCCGACGGUUCUGAACGAGAUCUACACAGAGCUCUACGUCACAGAGGGAGGGAGCGGAGAGGUCAACGAUGAACACGAGGUCAGACAGAUUGAAACCGCGUCCAGGAAGGCAGAAAAUCAAGAAACAGCCAUCAGACCAGAAGAUGUUUUUAGAACGCCACCCGGAAGAGUUAAACCGAUUGAAACGGUGAUGACGAAGGGGGUGGCCGGCAUUGGAAAAACGGUCCUAACCCAGAAGUUCACUCUGGACUGGGCUGAGGGCAAAACCAACCAGGACAUCCAGUUCAUAUUUCCAUUCACCUUCAGGGAGCUGAACACGCUGAAAGAGAGAAAGUUCAGCUUGGUGGAGCUUGUUCAUCGCUUUUUCGCAGAAGUCAAAGAGGCCGAGAUUUUCAGGUUGGAGGAAUUCCAGGUUCUGUUCAUCUUUGACGGUCUGGAUGAGAGUCGACUUCCUCUGGACUUCCAGAACAACGAGAUCCUGACCGACGUCACAGAGUCCACCUCAGUGGAUGUUCUGCUGACAAACCUCAUCAGGGGGAAACUCCUUCCUUCUGCUCGUCUCUGGAUAACCACGCGACCCGCAGCAGCCAAUCAGAUCCCUCCUCAGUGGGUGGAUCUGGUGACGGAGAUCCGAGGGUUCACCGACCCGCAGAAGGAGGAGUACUUCAGGAAGAGGUUCAGAGAAAAGAAGCAGGCAAGGAGGAUCAUCUCCCACAUCAAGACAUCUCGAAGCCUCCACAUCAUGUGCCACAUCCCAGUCUUCUGCUGGAUCAUAGCGACGGUUCUGCAGGAAGUGUUGAUCAGAGACGAGGGGGAAAUGCCGAAGACCCUGACUGAGAUGUACAUCCACUUCCUGGUGGUUCAGACCAAAGUGAAAAGGGCGAAGUAUGACGUCCAGGCUGAGGCAGAUCUACACUGGACGCCGGAGAACAGAGCGAUGGUUGAGUGUCUGGGGAAGCUGGCCUUUGAGCAGCUGCAGAAAGGAAACCUGAUCUUCUACGAACCAGACCUGACGGAGUGUGGCGUCGAUGUCCGAGCAGCCUCGGUGUUCUCUGGAGUGUUCACCCAGAUCUUCAGAGAGGACAGAAGCCUGUACCAGGACAAGGUGUUCUGCUUCGUCCAUCUGAGCGUUCAGGAGUUCCUGGCUGCUCUCUAUGUCCAUCUGAGCUUCGUUAACUCUGGGGUCAACCUGAUGAUGGGAUCAACCAAAGUAUCAAAGAGAUCCAAAUCAAGACAGAAUGAGUCUUCAAGAGCAGACCUCCACCAAACAGCUGUGGACAAAGCCUUACAGAGUCAGAACGGACACUUGGACUUGUUCCUCCGCUUCCUUCUAGGUCUUUCCUUGCCAGCCAAUGAGAAGCUCUUGCGAGGUCUGCUGACAGAUUCAGUUAGCAGCUCACAGAGCAACCAGGAAACAGUUCAGUGCAUCAAAAAGAAGCUUGCUGAGAGUCUGUCUCCUGAGAAAAGCAUCAACCUGUUCCACUGUCUGAACGAACUGAAUGAUUGUUCCCUGGUGGAGGAGAUCCAGCAGUACCUGAGAUCAGGAAGUCUGUCCUCACACCAGCUGUCUCCGGCCCAGUGGUCGGCUCUGGUCUUCAUCUUGUUGUCUUCAGACAAAGAUCUCGCUGUGUUCGACCUGAAGAAAUACUCCGCUUCAGAAGAGGCUCUCCUGAGGCUUCUGCCUGUGGUCAAAGCCUCCAACAAAGCUCUACUCAGUUGCUGUAACUUGUCUGAGAAAAGCUGUGAAGCUCUGUCCUCAGUCCUGGGAUCACAAACUUCUUCUCUGAGAGAGUUGGACCUCAGCAACAAUAACCUGGGAGACUCGGGAAUAAAGAUGCUGUCGGUGGGACUACAGAGUCCACACUGCAAACUGGAAAGCCUCAGGUUAUCAGGUUGUGUGAUCACAGAGGAAGGCUGUGCUUCGCUGAUCUCAGCUCUGAGCUCCAACCUCUUUCUGAUGACUGAGUUGGACCUGAGCUACAAUGACCUCGGAGAAUGGGGAGAAAAGGUGGCGUCUACCAGCGGGAAGAACACAAUGCUGGAAACACUAAGGGUGCACCACAGUGGAAAGCAGUGGCUGAAGCCUGGUCUAAGGAAAUACUUCUGUGAACUGGUGUUCGACACGAACACAAUGAACCCAAACCUGAAGCUGUCUGAGGACUGCAGGACGGUGACGGUGUUGGAGGCGGAGCAGCCGUACCCAGACCAUGUGGACAGAUUUGGCUGGUGGCAGCUGCUGUGCAGGAACGCUCUGACUGGUUGCUCCUACUGGGAGGUGGAGUGGAGAGGAAGAGUUCAUAUAUCCGUCAGUUACAAAAGUAUCAAGAGGAGGGGAUUCAGGACGGACUGCAGGUUUGGAGAGAACGAGCGGUCCUGGAGUCUGAGCUGCUCAGACACCGUUGGGUAUUCAGUCUGGCACAACAACACGGUCACCACCAUCUCCUUCUCAUCUGCCUCCUCCUCCACGGUGUCCAACAGGAUAGCCGUCUAUUUGGACUUCCCUGCUGGAUCUCUGUCCUACUACAGAGUUUGCUCCGGCAGACUGGACCACCUUCACACAGUAAACACCACGUUCAAAGAAGCAGUUUAUCCUGGAUUUGGGUUCUGGUCAUAUGGCUCCACCUUGUCGCUCUGUUCUUAUCAGAAUUGCAAAUGUUUGGAAAGGACAGCACUUCAAGUCUAAAUUAAUUGUUUAAUUAUUAUUUUUUUUCAGUUGAAAAAGCAACAUUUUAAUUGAAACAUGCUGUUUCACGCUCGUGUUUGAAAAAGAGGGGGAAAAAAAAUCUAAUUGCUAAAUGUUAAACUAGCAUAAUUCCCGAAGAAGUCUAGAUUGUAAACACUUGACAGCUUGUUAGCUGUCGGCUGUUGCUGGCGUUAAUUUCCAUCUACUUUACUAAUAUGCAUUCUAUUAUUAGCUAAACUGCUAACUGCUAAAAAUAGACCUAAAAAUAAGAAAUGUUUUCUUGAAAUUAAAGUAUUUUUCUUUGAUUUGAGCAGGUAAAUAGGACUA